AUGGUAAACGUGAAGAAUUUACCAAUACUUGCGCAGUUAUCUCAUGCAGUCCACAAAAGUCCGCUGGAUUGCCUGGCAGAGAUGGAAGAGACGGUAAAGAAGGGUCAAAGGGUGAAAAGGGGGACAAAGGACAACAGGGGUCUCGGGGAAGUCAGGGACCUCCGGGAAAGAUUGGUCCGCCAGGAGCAAAAGGUGACAAAGGUUCCAUUGGACAAAAAGGAGAACAAGGUGUCAGUGCUACAUCAGGUUGAUACUGUCAAGGACCAGUUGAAGGUGUUUGAAAGAGAGCUACAUCUGCUUCAAGCAAGUCUUAAAAAGUAUAACAAUAUUCUGCUCUUCCAUGGCGGGAAACAAGCUGGUGAGAAAGUAUUUGUGACCAAUGGCCUUGAAGAAAACUUUGAAAAUGCCCAGAAGACAUGUAAAGAAGCUGGAGGAAAUUUGGCUACUGCAAGAAAUGCAGCAGAUAAUAGCGCUGUCCAAGAGAUUCUUCACACUAAGGGAGAGACAAUCAAAGCUUUCCUAGGUAUAUCAGAUCUGCAGGUUGAAGGGAUAUUCAAGUACUUGACAGGAGAGAAGAUGACGUUUACCAACUGGAACCUAGGAGAGCCAAAUAACAGCAAAGACAAUGAAGACUGCGUAGAGAUUCAGGACAAUGGUAAAUGGAAUGACAUUCCAUGCAAUUUACUGCGACUAGUUAUCUGUGAAUUUCAAUAG